AUGAGUGAUAUUAUUAUCAAUUAUUGUGAUAAUCUUUCAGAUUUAAAUGAUAUAAAACCAAAGCUUCUAUUAAUAGCGUUACAAUGCAUGGCAUUGGCCACGUGUGCUGUGUAUCCUCCCGAACAAACAUAUUAUAAUAAUAUCCAUGGUUUAAAUGGUUAUGGAGGAGGAUAUAUGGGAGGAGGUGGCCAUUUAGGAGCAGGUAGAUAUCCGGGAGGAAUUGGUCAUUUGGGAGGAGGUAGAUAUCCAGGAGGAAUCGGUCAUCUGGGAGGAAUAGGUCAUAUGGGAGGAAUUGGUCCUGUGGGUAUAGGUGGAUAUUUAGGAGGAUAUAAUAACUACUUCGGUAACGGUUACUAUAAUGGAUAUAAUAGGGGAAAAUAUUACAAAAAACACCAUCAUUCUAGAAAUUGUUAUCCACAAAUUCCAUACCACAUGUACGGGAACGACUUCUAUGACCAACAACUAUACAAUAGCAAAAUUUCCGAUCAAAUAUAUUCCAAAAAAUAUUUAGAAUUCCUGGAAAAAUUACAUGACAACGAGGACAUUGUAUACAACAACGGAUUGAAUGGAGAAAUCAUAUACGGUAAUGACUGGAAAGACUGGGAUGAUGUUUACUCCUCAGAAUAUUUGGAACAUUUAGAGCAUCUAUAUGGAAAAGACUUUUAUAAAAAGAUUACAUUUGGUCGAGUACCAUAUUUACGAGAUGGCUUCCUUCAAAACCUUGGUCAAUAUGGAAAUAAAUUCUGGCAAUCAAUUUUAAGACCACAUCAGUCCGGUGGUUUCAUACAAGGUAUACACGGUUAUGGUAAUGGUUUUCUUAGCCAGCUAGGUCGAAGAGGUCAUGAAUAUCCAUACUUUUUAGACGAUGAAUAUCCAGAAUACUACUCCGAGUAUGGGUUUUAUAGACCCAACUAUCCUUGGAAUAUAUUUGGACAUGGCCAUGGAUAUGGUCAAGGUUAUGGCCAUGGUUACGGGCAUGGUUACGGCCAUGGGUAUGGGUAUGGUCAUGGUUGUGGCCAAGGAUAUGGCGGUAACGAAGAUUUAGAAUUCCCCGCUCGCUUUAAUAGCGGCGAAGGUGACUCUAUAAAAGAUGAUAAAAAAAUUGACGGCGCUGAUGAUAUUGAUAUUCAUGUUAACCAAUCAGACGAUGGUACAAUUUCAGUAGAAGCUCACGUAGAUGAACCUGGUCCUUUAAAUAUCCGUUUCUCUGGAGGGGACGUUUCUGACAGUAAAGACAUAGUUAAAGAUGGUGAUGAAAUCAAAGAUGGUUUAUUUGCAGGUGGAGAAAAGCUAAACUUGAUUUCACACGGACAAGGAAAGCUACACGGCACUGUACGUGGUUAUGGUCACGGGCAGGGAUAUAACGGCUUCAAUUACGGAGGUACAGGCCGAUAUCCAUAUUUUAAUUACUGGGAAGGACCUUGGCUAGGACCUGGAUAUGUGGAGGGACAAGAAAAUGACAAAAUUAAUGGCCAUUAUAACGGACAUUGGCAAGAUCAUUGGAACUUAGGUGGACUCGGAUAUCAUGGAAACGGACAUUUUCAAAAAGAUGGAAAAACACAAGAGCAUGGGGUAGUACAUGUAGAGGAGAAUGGUAAAGGACCAGAUGUACAAAUAGAAUCAAAUGUGGAAGAUGGAAUAAUUACAGAAGAAGAAGUUAUCGAUGGAAACCCAUCUGGAAAUGCAAAUAUUAAUGUAAAUGUUCAUCAAAAUGUUCAUAUUCAAGGAAAUAUAAAUGGACAGGGAGGUAUUCAAGAUCAUAAAACAGAACAAGAACAUAUCCAGGGUAAUGGAAAAUUCGAAGGUCAUAUCGAAGGUCAUUUAAACGGAGAAGGGCACGUUGAAGCUCAUGAAAUCCAAGAAGGACACACGAAAGAUCAAGAAAAUGGAAAAGUUUAUAUAGAAGGUCAUGGAACCGGUAAAGCCCUAGGUCACGAAAACCUAGUAAAACAUAUUCAAGCUCAUGGAACCGGUAAAGCACAAGGUCAUGGAAAUAUAGCAGGACAUAUUCAAGGCCAUAGAACCAUAGCAGGACAUAUUCAAGGUCAUGGAACCGGUAAAGCCCAAGGCCAUGGAAACUUAGUAGGGCAUAUUCAAGCUCAUGGAACUGAUAAAGAACAAGGUCAUGGAAACAUAGCAGGACAUAUUCAAGGUCAUGGAAACAUAGCAGGACAUAUUCAAGGUCAUGGAACCGGUAAAGCUCAAGGUCAUGGAAACUUAGUAGGGCAUAUUCAAGCUCAUGGAACUGAUAAAGCACAAGGUCAUGGAAACCUAGUAAGACAUAUUCAAGCUCAUGGUACCGGUAAAGCACAAGGUCAUGGAGACCUAGUAGGACAUAUUCAAGCUCAUGGAACAGGUAAAGCACAAGGUCAUGGAAACUUAGUAGAACAUAUUCAAGCUCAUGGAACCGAUAAAGCACAAGGUCAUGGAGACCUAGUAGGACAUAUUCAAGCUCAUGGAACGGGUAAAUCACAAGGUCAUGGAAAUCAAGUAGGACAUAUUCAAGGUCAUGGCAAUGUACACGGCCACGGAAACCUAGGACAUAUUCAAGGUCAUGGCAAUGGAAAAGGUCUUGGAAACAUAGCAGGUCUGAUUCAAGGUCAUAGCAAUGGAAAAGGUAUUGGAAAAAUGGUAGGUCAUAUUCAAGGUCAUGCCAAUGAAAAAGGUAAUGGAAACCUAGUAGAACAUAUUGAAGCUCAUGUUAAUGCACAAGGUAAUAAAAAUGGACUAGUGCAUGUCCAGGGUCAUGGAAAUGGACAAGGACAUAUUGGAGGCCAUGGAAUUGGAAAAGGACACAUUGAAGGCCAUGUAAAUGAACAUGGGCACAUUCAAGGACAUCUAAAUGGAGAAGGGCACCUCCUAGGAGGUGAAAACGGACAAAGUCAUAUCGUAAAUAACGGUAAUGCCGUAAACGGUCAAGGUCAGUGGUCGCAGGAAUUUCACAGCGAAUGGAAAGAAGGACAAGGACAAGGUGAAACUAUUAUCAAAGAAACGACUGAAACUGUAGCUGAUCCUAAAUCUCUGACAUUAACUAUUAACAUACCUAAUCUACCAACACCGACUGUUUCAAAAACUAUUGAAGUUAUUAAAACCGGAAAGGAAGGUUUAGAUGGAAGUGUAAUAAAAGAAUUAAUUCCGGGAAUAGUAGGGGGACACGACGGUAAAAUAGGUGGUUCCGGUUACAUUCACGGUGGUUCUGGCACCAUUCAUGGUGGUUCAGGCAUCAUUCAAGGUGGUAUCCGAUUGACUGAAGGUGGCACCGGUACUUCCGGUUACAUCCAAGGCGGUAAUGGUGCUUCCGGUUACAUCCAAGGUGGAAAUGGAGCUUCCGGUUACAUUCAAGGGGGUAGCGGUAUGACUGUAAAUAGUAAUGGAGCUUCCAGUUACAUUAAAGAUGGCAAAAGUUUGAGUAAAGGAGGUAAUGGUAUGAUGCAAGGAGGGUCAGGUGGUUUCUCCUAUGAUAUAACUGGACCCGAAUACAGUUGGGAUUACAGCACUUCUGGAGAAACUAGCAGCACAGGAACACUACCAAAUGGUGGUAGCGGUAUGACUGUAAAUAGUAAUGGAGCUUCCAGUUACAAUAAAGAUGGCAAAAGUUUGACUAGUGGAGGCAAUGGUAUGAUGCAGGGAGGGUCAGGUGGUUUCUCCUAUGAAAUAACUGGACCCGAAUACAGUUGGGAUUACAGCACCUCUGGAGAAACUAGCAGCACAGGAACACUACCAAAUGGUCUACCUUUUCCACCAAAAGAUGGAAAUAUGCCUUUAAUAGGUAAAUUUUUAAGUAGAAAUGGAGGAGAUGACGAUAAAGGAUCAACUGAUUUAGAAAUAGAUGUAACCGAAAAUAGCAAAAAUAAGAAGGAACAAGAUCAAAAAGACAGUGGUACAAAGAAACAUUCUGGUAAAUAG